AUGGACGAAUCGUACAUCCACCACAACUAUGUCCGGCACAACGAUAGCCUGUACUACCCCGAGGACGAGCUCGACCAGGCACCCAAGCCCAAGCAUAAAGGGCAGCGGCUAUGCUUCAUUGCCGGAAUUCUCGACGACGGCCCUGACGGAUCCAAGCUGCUCGCGACAAGGGUGUUCCGUGGUGGUUCGCGGCAAACCAAGGACUAUCACGGCAUAUUUAACCAUGCCUACUUCGUCAACUGGAUGAAGGAAUUGAUGGAUGAACUGGACGUACUUGGCACGUCUGGCGCCGUCAUCGUCAUGGACAACGCCUCGUAUCACAAAGGCGUCCCACACGACACGCCCAAGGGAACGUGGAAGAAGCAAGACUUGCUGGUGGCCUGCCAGCGCUUCGGAAUUGAAGCGUCCUCGAAUGAGUACCGAUCAGCGAUUUGGUCGAAGGUUCAAGCACAUAGCGCGAAACUUGAAGUUGUCGACACGCCUCCAUACCACUCAGACCUGCAGCCAAUUGAGUACGUGUGGGCCUACAUGAAGGGUGGAGUCGGGCAGCAAUACACGACGGCAACGACCAUGGAAGAUGUUCGGCAGCGCCUGGACUUGGCCUUCAGUGAGCUCCCAAGCGAUGUGAUCUACCGUUGUAUUAGCCACACAAAGAAGAAAGUGGUGCAUCUCAAUACGUACCUGCUUGAGCUGGAAGCCGCCGACGAGGCUGCAAAUGAGCCUGCACUAGGCGAGGACGAAUCAAGCGACGAUAAAGAAAGCGACGACAACCAAAGCAUUCUUACGGAUAUCGUAGAUGGGUCACCUGUAAUGACAUAA